GGCCACUGCACUCCACGGUUCGUAAGCCGCCACGACCGCCGCCAUGUCACUGACGUCACCAGCGCGCCAGAGCGGCCGCCAUGCCGCCGACGUCACAGGCUCGCGUCACACCGUACGUCAUCGCCAAGCCCCCACAGGCGGGAGGUGGGUCCGCGCGUGAUUGCCGGGCUGUAGGACGCAGGGCUGAGUUACUGGUGUGUGUGUGUGAACUGGAAACUUUGGACCUUUUGAAGGAACUCAGAAGCUGCCUCCGCCCAUCCAGCAUGCUUCUCCCUGUGGUGGAGAUUCCUGAGGAGAGUUGGAACAGGUCCCAGCCUAGAUAGCCAUAUGGAUGCUCCUGAAAGCAGACCACAGACUGUUGAGUCAAUCUUGUCCACCUCCAGCCUGUUUCUUCCUGGACUUCUCAGCGGUGCAAGAUACUUUUGGAAGUGAACCUGCCCAGAAGGGAAGUUGCAUUUUCAUAUUGAUUAAAGAGUGAACAAGAGGCAGAAACCACCUGGCUUGACCAUACCUGGCAUUACUGGGCUGGGGACACCAGCUGGGGACAGAGAAGUGCUUCUAGCAGGAAUACGAGAUGAAGAGGGUGAAGCCAUCUGGAGAGUAAAUGGCCAACACCACUCCCCCAGAGACAAAGUCAGCAGCGUGGUGGAACUACUUUUUCCUGUACGAUGGUUCCAAGGUACAGGGAGAAGGAGACCCAACCAGAGCCGGCAUCUGCUACUUCUAUCCCUCCCAGACCCUGUUAGACCAGCAGGAGCUGCUCUGUGGCCAGCUUGCUGGAGUUGUGCGCUGCUUGUGGGACCUUUCCGGCACCCCGCCUAUGCUCAUCCGUCUGCGGAACCUCAAGUUUGCCCUCAGGGUGGAUGGGGACUACCUGUGGGCUCUGGGUUGUGGUGUGGAGCUCUCCGAUGCCAGCUGCAGGCAAUUUCUGGAUCAGCUCAUUGGAUUUUUUCAUUUCUACAUGGGCCCUGUCUCCCUGGCCUACAAGAGCCAUCCUCAGGAAGAGCUGAGCUUGCAGUGGGAUACCUUCAUCACACAAGUCCUCAGGAGCACCAGCGAGUCGCACAGGAUCUUCAAUGCCCUGUGGAACCUGGACCGCACCAAAGUGGAGCCCCUGCUGCUGCUGAAGGCAGCCCUCAUCUUACAGACCUGCCAGCGCUCACCCCAUGUGCUAGCUGGCUGCAUCCUCUAUGAAGGACUGAUUGUGAAUUCCCAGCUGCCACCUUCCCUCACUGCCAAGGUCCUGCUUCAUCACACUGUAGCUGCAGACCAGAGGCCGCCUGGAGCAGGAGCUGCCACACAGGAAACAGGAACAGCAUUACCCCCUGCCGUGCAGAUCACCCCUGUUUUCCUAAGUGAGGAGGAGGUGGCCAGCCUCCAUGAGUUCCCAGUAGAGCAUGACCCUCGACUGGAGGAAAGUUCAUUUCAGUGCCCUCCCUGGGAUCAAAGCACCCCUACUGGGGCGGAAGAUGCCUGGACAUCAGCCACCGUCCUGGAGCCCACACCAUGUGGUGGAGGACACUCACCUAGGCUUGAGCAGGAGCGUGCUGGGCCCACAGGACUGUGCACCGAGGCCUGUGACCGGAGCUCUGAUCUCAGUGGCAGGCUGCAGAGGGAACUGUGUCUCUCCCAAGAAGAACUGGACUUGUAUUCAAUGCACCUUUCUGAGGCUCAGGACGCAUUCCCGCCUGUGCCUGCCUCGGGUGAUCUGCAGGCUCUCUGCACCAGCCGGGACGCCCCUACACUACCUGAAGACACAGCCAUUUGCAGCUGCCUGGACCCUUCCCCUCUUGAGAGGCCACCCGAGGACGGAAGCCUGGAGGCGCUUGCAGACCUUCCCCUCACCCAUGGCCACACCCACGUUCCUGGCACAGAACCUCUCCCCAGCAGCAGAACUAUGGUACUUCUUCCCCAACAUCCUGAGGGUGUGGAGCCCGGUGUGGAGCCCUGUGGGAGUGGAGCUCAGGACAGACUCCCAGCCCUGGCACGCAGUUCCCACUCGGCUGACUCUCAGGGCCCUAGCCCCUCUGCAGACAGAAUUGGCUUCAAUCCAUCCCCAUCUGGGCCCCAUGCAGGGCUCAUGCCCAUGAACCUCUACACUCACAGUGUGAACGGACUAGUGCUGUCCUUGCUGGCCAAAGAGACUCUUGGCAGUGAUACUGUAGCCAUCGAGGAGGUGUACCACAGCAGCCUGGCAUCACUGAACGGGCUGGAAGUCCAUCUGAAGGAGACACUGCCCAGAGAUGAGGCUAGCCCCACAGGUAGCACAUACAACUUCCUGCAUUAUGACCGCAUCCAGAGCGUACUCUCAGCCAACCUGCCCCUGGCGGCUGCUCCCCAGAACCGCCGGUUUCUGCAGGCUGUCAACCUCAUGCACUCCGACUUUGCCCAGUUGCCUAUGCUGUAUGAGAUGACCAUCAGGAAUGCCUCCACAGCUGUGUACGCCUGCAGCAACCCUGCCCAGGAGACCUACUUCCAGCAGCUGGCACCCACUGCCCGCAGCUCUGGUUUCCCGAACCCUCAGGAUUGUGCCUUCAGCCUCUCGGGCAAAGCCAAGCAGAAGCUGCUGAAGCAUGGGGUAAACCUGCUGUGAGCUGGGUGCAGCCUGUCUGCUGUCACAGGGCCGUGUCCCCAGUGCUAACGGUUGUCUCCAGUGCUAACGGUCUGCUGUCACGGGGCCGUGUCCCCAGUGCUAACGGUUGAGCAGGACCUUGCUCUUCAGUGGCAGCUGCAUGAAACUGAGUGGGCUCAGGUUCUGUCAUGUGUGAGUGACUGGAAUACAGUGCAGAGCAGGCUGCAGGCUCAGGAAGGCAGCUACAGGAGUCUCAGCUGACUUUACUUGAGGUACCCAUGGUGCUUUGCAACCUAUGGUGCUGAGUUCCAGGUUUAUGAAGCAGAUUCCCAAAGGUUCAAAAAUAAAAUGACCAAACUGAGCUCUGA